AAACACAAAUUUAAAGUUGAAUAUCUUGCAAUACAAAAGAUAAAAAUAAUCUGAAAAAUGGCUUCAUCAAGAUUUCAACUUGUUGCUCUUCUCGUCGUCUUCUCUCUCGUUAUUAGUAUUACUGCAAAUUCCGUAGAGAAAGACGUAAUGGACGGACCAUGCCGCUUAAGAGGAACGUGCAACAACGACGGCGACUGCGACAAGCAUUGUCACAGGAGCACCGACGCUGCAGCCAUGGACGGCCACUGCCUCUUCGACAAACCCACCGGUCCUGUUUGUUGCUGCUUAUUUGAUUAAAUCAUAUAUUUAUAUUUUUUUAUCCUUCAAAUCUGCACCGUAUAUAUCUAAACUACAUGAAGUAAAAAUAAAAUAAAAAUGGUACGUCCCAAUUAUUUGAAGGAGAAAACAAGAAGUGAUUUUGUGUUUCUUAUGAUUUUUUUUUCUUGUUUGCCAUAUUGAUACACUUGUAUGUCAUGAGAGUGUUAUAAUUGUAAGAGAAUGGCUAUUUGUAAACAAAUGUAUAAUGUAUUUAUAACUUUGAAAAUGUUGACUUUUUGAGGAUGUAAGUUGACUACAAGAAAACAUCACGAAUUUACAAAAUUUCAUGUUUCUUGUAUGCUUCUGUUUCAACUAAAUUGUAUUUCGGAUUUAUUUGAAAUAUUUUAAACAAACAUAAGACUGCGA